AUGGUGUAUUUUGACGUCGUGUCACUCUUCACGUCCAUACCACAGGCCCUUGCGAUCGAAACCCUCAGUGAGCUGCUACGUCAAAAUUACGACGGGGACGAUGGCAAGCCCACAGCUCAGGAUCUCAUAGAACUCAUGGAACACUGCCUCAAGACCUUCUUUACCUUCGAAGGGACCACAUACGAUCAGAUCAAGGGCACUGCAAUGGGUUCACCAAUCUCCGGGCUCAUUGCCGAGGCGGUUCUACAAAAACUCGAGAGACGACAAUUCGAGGAGUACAAACCCAAGUUUUGGGCACGCUACGUUGAUGACACCUUUGUACUCACCGACCAGAUUAAAAUCAACUACUAUGAGGAAGUACUAAACUCAAUCAUUCCCGAUCUACAGUUCACAUUGGAAGAGGAAGUAGGGGACAAACUCCCGUUCCUGGAUGUUCUCGUCUGCCGCCAACCAAAUGGCAAACUAGCCACGUCGGUCUACAGAAAACAGACGAACACGCUGCAAAUGCGCAACUACAACAGCAACCACCCGCUACAACACAAACGAAGCUGUGUCCGCACGCUGUACCGACGGGUGGAAACUCAUUGCAGCACGUCAGCUGCCAAGCUGGACAAGAUAAAGCUCCUCCGAGAACUCUUCAGAGCCAACCGCAAUCCGCGGGCGUUCAUUGAACGGAGCCGGAGGCAGCCAAAGAAGCGGAACGAAGAGUAUAGUUAG